CAAUUUAAAGCCAUUUCAGUACAGUAAAAGUAUGGAUGAUGAGGCGAAGCAAAUUCCUGCAAGAGACGGUGAAGGUUGGCGUUCCCGCAACACAAAAAGAGACCAACCACGGAGGGGCAGGAAAUAAGAGCACAAGAGUGCUCUCUCGAAAGGCUCGAACGUCGUCGUUAUCAUCACUUUCGCUAGUGCUCAGAGAUAGGAGGAAGUGGGCAGAGGCGAGGCGAUAGCGACGGCGACGCGCGCGGUGAUGUCAUAACGAGAAACCGAAGAUCCGAAAGAGACGAAAAGGUUACGAAAGGGGGAAAAAGAAACAAAAGAUCGCUGUAGCUAUUCUUUUUGUAUAAAUAAAGGUGCAGGAGAAGAUCGGAUGGCGUGCCCGCUUUCAUCACUAGCUGUCUAUGGGGGUAGCUAUUGCGGCGGCUCGCCUCGGAUCAAGUUCAGGAGUGGUGGACACGCGUCCUCCUUGCUCGGCCCGUCCUCCGGUCUCUUCGGGGCUCCUCUUUCUUCCAGUAAUUUCCCAGGACUGGACUCAAGCAGGAGUGAGUUAAAUUUUAGAUUUCAUAUAAUGAGCACCAGCAGGGGAAGUGUCAAAGCAUCCAAGGACAUCUCCAAGUUAAAAAAUGGACCAGAUCAUCUUCUUGUUCUUGUUCAUGGUAUCUUGGCUAGUCCUAAUGACUGGAUAUAUGCAGAAGAUGAAUUGAAAAAACGAUUGGGGAGCAAUUUUUUAAUCUAUGCAAGUUCAUCUAAUGCCUAUACUAAGACACUCAGGGGAGUUGAUGGAGCUGGAAGGCGAUUAGCAGAUGAGGUAUUGAAUGUGGUCCAGAAAACAGAGAGCUUGAAAAAGAUCUCUUUCCUGGCACAUUCUCUAGGUGGUUUGUUUACCAGAUAUGCUAUCACCAUCCUCUAUAAUCAAGAUAUCUUGAACAGGAGUCGACACGAGAAUGUUAUCAGUUCUAGUAUCAUAACUUCAGAAAAAUCAGCAUGCUUUUCAAACUUAGGGAAGAUUGCUGGCUUGGAGCCUAUUAACUUUAUUACUUUGGCAACUCCACAUCUUGGGGUUAGAGGGAAAAAACAGCUUCCAUUUCUUCUGGGAGUACCCAUUUUGGAAAAACUUGCUCCGCCUUUAGCUCCCAUAUUUAUUGGCCGAACUGGUCGUCAGCUCUUCCUCACAGAUGGUAAACCCAGUAAACCACCGCUUCUUUUAAGAAUGACAUCUGAUUAUGAAGAUAACAAAUUUAUAUCUGCUCUUGCCUCAUUUAAGAGUCGUACUCUUUACGCCAAUGUAUCAUUUGAUCAUAUGGUGGGUUGGCGAACAUCUUCAAUAAGGAGAGAAAGUGAACUUGUUGAGCCCUCACGCCGGUCUUUGGAUGGCUAUAAGCAUGUUGUAGAUGUGGAAUAUUGCCCCCCGGUACCAUCUGAGGGUCCCCAUUUUCCUGCAAAAGCAGCCAGGGCAAAGGAAGCUGCCCAAACAGCAUCAAACACACAACAUACAGCAGAAUAUUAUGACAUGAUGGAAGAGGAGAUGAUACGUGGCUUGCAAAGGGUUGGAUGGAAGAAAGUUGAUGUCAGUUUUCACUCAGCAUUUUGGCCCUUCUUUGCUCAUAACAAUAUUCAUGUUAAGAGUGAAUGGCUUCACAGUGCAGGGGCUGGCGUUAUUGCUCAUGUUGCAGACAACUUAAAACGACAGGAAUCUCAUACAUUUUUGGCUGCAAAUCUAUAGGCACUCAAAGCUAUAUUACUUAAAUAUAUUGUAAAAUAACUACAGAACUAAUGAAAUUAAAUCAUUUACUAUGUAUAUAAUAUAUUAUAUUCUACAUGUUGCUUCUUGCUGAAUUAUUACUUUUUGUAGGAAAGGAUGAUUAUUUUUUGAAUGUGUUUCUGGUGUGCCAGAAAAAAU